AUAAUUUUACUUUAAAUAUCAUUUGUUUCAGUUGCUAAAGUGUCCAGAAACCUCUAAUAUAUUCAACAUGCCGCCUCAGAGGAGAGUCAACGACGCGGUUUUCUAUUACAUGGACGAUCUAGGCAGUCGCAUAGUUGCUAAAUCUGGAAUCCCUUCCGACAGACAUCAUUUGGGGAAAUUGAUUCUACAAGGGCUUAAGGAUGAUCCUGACUUUUUAUUGCAGAUUGACGGAUCGACAGGAGAGUCAGAAACGUCUGGAUCAGUUUUGGAAAGAUCAGUUCGUUUCGCGUUGAGUCUGCGAAAAUUGGGAAUCAAACGUGGAGAACUCAUGGUGUUAUUAGCUCCAAACCAUUUAGAUUUAAGUAUUGCUUUGUAUGCUGGACUGUAUCUAGGGAUCGUUGUAUGUGGCAUCUACUCGGACACGCCGCCUGUCGACCUACAGCCGCUCCUAGCUGUUACCAAGCCUUCAAUAAUCGUAUGUCAGAGCGAUGUCGCUUCGACAGCACAAAUGAUCUCGCUCAACCUAAAUUUGAAUCCACACAUCAUUACGUUUGACAAAGGAGAUUUCUGCUAUUAUAUCGAUUUCAUGGAAAUGUAUAAAGAUGAUACGCCCGUAGAGGAUUUCCAGUGUACCGAUUUGGAUCCAGAAACAUCAACAGCGUUUGUCGUGAACACUAGUGGGACCACGGGUGUACCUAAAGCUAUAGCUCAUUCACACAAAUAUUUUGCUAUACUUUUACCACAAAUUUGGUCCAAAUACACGAAAUUCCCGACACCGACAAAGCUGGUGCUGAUUGGAUCUCCCCUCCAAUGGUCCACUGCGAUGACCAGUUUUAUCAGAUCAGCUGUACUACGAUACACUCGGGUUCAGAGCUCCCAGAAACUCUCCAUGGAACUUAUGACUGAUCUCAUCAACAAAUACAGGCCAACAUAUUCCAUAUUCUCCCCAACUUUGAUGUCGUCUCUGCUGAAACUGAAUAAAGUUGACUUGACCUGUUACGAAGAAAUCAUGCUAUGUGGCCUCCCUGUGCCUCUGAACCUCAUCCAAGAAAUUAAGACUUUAUCACCGAACACAGAAGUAACAAAUCUGUUUGGAAUGAGUGAGCUGGCCGGUCUCGGGUUCUUCGGGGAUAAUCCUGCUCCAGGGUCGUGCGGAAAACAGAUGAGCUGCUUCCAAUAUCGGUUAUUAGAUGUGGAUACACAGGAAGAGAUAUACGAACCGAAUGUUCAAGGAGAAUUAUGGAUCAAAGGGCCAGUUCCAUUCCUGGGUUGUCACAACAACGCUGAAGCCACUAAAGAACUUUUAACUAGCGAUGGAUGGUUGAAAACCGGAGACAUAUUCUAUUUCGAUGAGAAUUGGAACUAUUUUUUUGUGGAGAGGAUCAGAAUGCAAAUCAAGUGUUUUUAUUAUAGGAUGUCGCCACUAGAAAUAGAGGGAGUGAUCCGCAGACACCCUGGUGUGUUGGACGUAGCAGUAACGAGUAUACCACAUAACGAGUGGGGGGAACUGCCGGUAGCCUGCGUCGUGCCCAAACCUGGAGCCAAACCUAGUGCUGAAGAAAUUAAGAAUUUAGUUAAAGAUACGUUGCAAGAUCCGAAGAGGUUGCGAGGAGGUGUCAUCUUCAUGGAUUCCAUGCCUAUGACGACCACAACAAAAGUUCACAGAAGAUUAUUAAGACAACUAGCCCUAGAGUUACCUAGAGUAUAAAUAAUCAUUAUUUUAAUAGGGACGAUGACGGGGUAUGAACAUUAAAAUUCUAAAUUACGAGGAACUCAACUAGUUCAGUAGCAGCGCGACAAUCGCCGCGUCGUGUGUCGCGGAAUGCUGCUCAUGAAUAUGAGCCUCUAGCAUGGCUUGAAACUAGUCGAGUUCCUCGUCAAACAGUUACGUGAAUAAGCCGAUAACAUAUAAUAAUUAAUUUAGAUUGUCUCACGAAAGUUACAAUAAAAUCAAAAAUCUAUUUAGUCCGUCAGUAAGGUAGUGAAACACGUAUUUUUUUAUUUUGUCAUAUAAGAUAA